AUGCUCUAAACCACAAGUGACCGAGAUGCACAGCUGACUUCUGCUCCUUCUCUGCAGCUGCUGUGAGAGGGAUUGCUAUGGCAGGAUUUGGCCUGAGGAGGACCCAGUCCCUGAAGAGCCUCUCUGGGGUUCAGGAGAGGUCAUGGGUCAUGCCAGCUCUCACCCGCUGGGACAGGAAGUCUGUCACUCAGCUGGUGCAACAUUACCAAAGCUGUGCUGACCUGAGCAGUAUUGCAAAGGAGGAUCAUAAACUCCAGAUGUCAGAAAGCUGUGUUGACGGUGGAUUGAGGAGGCUGGACACUGGAGUGGAGAAUUUGGCCUUUUGCGGGUCUGGAAGAAGCUCUAAUCUGUCCAGGAGCUGCUCCAUGGACUUCCUCCCUCAGAGGGAGCCUUCAGGUACCAGAGCUCUGUGCGCCCUGUUUGAGUCCAAGGCUGGCCUUCAUAAAAGCUUCACCAGCAGCCCCCGGCUCAACACUGGCAGUAAAACAGAGAGAGACUGCCCUCUGCAGGACUGGAGAAGUCCCAACACCUCCUUAAAGGAUGCAACCAAUCAGAGAGCUGACCAGGUGGAAGGAGGGAAGGCCAUGAACGGACUCCCAGAGUCUUCUGCCAGAGCAUCGAGACACUCGCAUGAGGAUAAAUAUAGUCCAUCACUGACUAAAGGGGAGACGCCAACAAGACAAAGCAGACACAGGAUAUCUACUUCCUCCUCGGUGAGAGACAGAUCAGCUCUCUAUCUGUCAAGAGCAGCAGCUAUCGACUCCACAGGAGGCUCAGCACAGCCAGAAAUUGUCAGUACUUCAGGAACAAGAGCUAAAAACAGCAAGAUGGCUGAACCAGCCAGGAAAAUCACAGUUUCCCAAUCAGCUCAUGAUGAAGACAACCUGCCUCUCCCACCACCUCCUCCCGUACCACCUAGACCCAUUGACUAUGAAGGGCCUUCCGCCUUCAGUAAUCUCCCUCCGCCUCCACCCAAAGAAAGCUUUUCCUCGAUCCAACAACAACGGCAGAAGAGUGAGCUAAAGAGGCUCUUCAAACACAUACACCCAGACCUAAGGGCAAGUCUUGAUGACGUAGAUGACGAUGAGAUAAUGAAGGCAGUGCAGCAAGAAAACACUCAGGCAGCGGAUGCAGCUUAUCAAUGUGAAGUGCAGUCCAUGAGGUGGAUCUUUGAGAACUGGACUCUGGACAAUAUUGGGGAUCAUCCUCAUGAAACCAAGAAGCUGCUGGAUGAUGAGGAGUUAACAGGUGGAAACGUCAGGGGCACCUCCUCCAUGUUUGAGCACAUUGACAGCACCCAACAAAUGUCUGCUAAAAGACAGACUUCUGUCAGAGGUGAUGUUAGAACAUCAACGUGGCUGUUUGAGUCCCAACCCUUAGAUUCUCUAAAUAAAUUAAAAAGAGAAGAAGGUGAACUGGUCGAAGCAGUGCUAAAAGAUUCAAUCCAGCCAGGAGACGUGACAGGGGCACGGCUGCUUUUUGAGUCUAAACCAUUGAGUACCUUGGGACGCUGCAACUCCAUAGAAGACUAUAGCUUCCUAAAAUUGAGAUCUGAGCUUCAGGAGCAAAAAGGAGAUGUCCAGAAGACUGUCAAACUCUUCCAGGCAGAACCUUGCUGUGCCAUCAAAGACAACAGAGGCAAUAUGCAUGAGAUUAAAUCCAUCUGCAGGGAGGAGAUCAACAGCAGCAACAUCAGCACUGCCCGCUGGCUUUUUGAAACCCAGCCAUUGGGUCUCAUUAAUAAGGGAACUGAUGGGGUUAAAAUAAUUCGGGGUAUAUCUCUGGAAGAGGGAAAUCGAGGAGGAGUUGAUCAGAAGAGGUGGAUGUUUGAAACUCAGUCAUUUGACACAAUACAAGAGGUCAUUGGCGAAGACAUGUUUGAAGGAACGGUGGAUGAAAGCACAGGAGAGGCCGAUGUCCUAAGCAAGAGGAAGCUCUUUGAGAUGCAGCCCUUGGCAGCGCUGAAAGGAGAUUCUGAAGAAAAGCCUUUGGAAAAAGAAGAAAUGAUUGCAGGUGAUGUCAAGACUUCUAUGUGGCUGUUUGAAACUCAACCCAUGGAGACCCUUAAUGAUAGCUACGAAGUUGGCCGUUUGAAGAAAGUUACUCUUUCAGCUGAAGAACAAGGUGAAGUCAAAGGCAAAAAACAGAUGUUUGAGGGAUGUAGUACUCAAAAGAACACCCAAUCCAAGGAACAAGAGAUUGAAAAGGGCGAUGUGAAGGGAUUCAAAAAUCUUUUUGAAACAAUUCCUCUGAGCAAAAUUGCUCAUUCUGAUGAAGAAAUAAUUGAGGAGGAAAAAUCUAUUGCAGCGGGAAACGUAAAAGAUAACAAAGCAAUGUUUGAGACAACACCUUUGUAUGCAAUAAAGGACAGCUCUGGAAACCUCCAUACAGUCACGACAGUAAGCAGAGAAGAAUUAAUCAAAGGGAAGGUCCAAAACUAUAAAUGGAUGUUUGAGACCAAGCCUUUAGACAAGCUUGCAGAGGGAAAAGGAAAUGUAGAGGUGAUAAAAGGCAUCACCAGACAGGAAGAUAUGAUGGCCGAUGUCAAUAUGGCGAAGUGGCUUUUUGAAACCCAAACAAUAGAUGGGAUCCAUUCUAAGUUCAACCAGAAAGAGCAGGAUGCAUCUGGAGAAGAGGAACCUCGAAAAGGUGAUGUCAAGAAAUGUACUUGGUUAUUUGAGACCCAACCAAUGGACAUUUUGUAUGACAAAGCUGAACAAGUAAAUGCUAAAGAAGCCAUUGACAAAACCAACGUCAAGUCCAUUACUUGGCUUUUUGAAUCACAGCCUCUAGAAAGCAUUAAAGAUGGCGAAGAGUACAACUUGAAACUAUGCAACACCAUAAAGGAUUCUGUUAAAUCUGAAGUUGGUGUUCAAACAGUCAAACAUGUGUUUGAAACUGAACCGUUGGAUAGCAUUAGAAAGGAUGCAAAUUCUGAGCACAAUGAGAGACGUGUCAGCCAGGUCAACUUUCAGUCUGGAGAUGUCUCACGAGUCAAAGAACUGUUUGAAUCCCAGUCCAUUGAUGAAAUAGGAUCAGUAAUGGUGACAUCGAAUGAACAGAACCAAGAUGAACACCUCGAAAAAGGUUCUGUACACAAAUGUACUUGGAUGUUUGAAAACUGUCCAAUGAACCAGAUGAAUGAGGACAAUGAGGAUGGAAGCAUUCGGAGAGUCAGCACUGUAGAAGGUGGGGAUGUACAGAACAAAAGGUUUAUAUUUGAAACCUCCUCACUGGACAAAAUCCACAACCAACCCCUUGAACUGAUGUCCGACUCUGCGGAAGAGCCUCCAAGCAAUGUUGAUGUGAAGUCAAGCACCAUGCUGUUUGAGUCCCUGCCACUGUAUGCGAUCAGGGACAAAGAAGGCCAGUUUCAUGAAGUAACAACUGUGAAAAAAGAGGAGGUAAUGAGUGGUGAUGUAAGAGGAGCAAGGUGGAUGUUUGAGACAAAACCCCUUGACGCUAUCAAGGCAGAGAAGGAGGUUUACGUGAUCCGAGCUGUUACACAAGAAGAUGUCAAGAAAGGAGAUGUCAAAUCCGCAAGAUGGAAGUUUGAGACACAACCUUUGGACUCACUUACCAGCCGAGAUGAGCCCUCUGUGAGGGUUAUUGAAGACUUUGGGAGCAAUAAUGUGCAGCUAAAUAAAGAGAUAUUUGAAUCUGAGAAGUCAUGCCAGAAGUUCACGCGAAUGGUUAGUGUCACUGACGUCCAGCAGGGCGAUGUCAGAACCUCCACCUGGCUCUUUGAGAAUCAAACCAUUGACAGUCUGAAAGGAGAACUUCAGGAGCAAGGUCCAGUACAAGCAGUACACAGGGAAGACAGCCAGAAAGGGGAUGUUAAACGCUGCACGUGGCUGUUUGAAUCACAGCCACUGGACAAGAUCAAGGAGCCUGAGGAUACUUCAGUGCAAGGUACUGAGGAGGAAAUGCCAAAAUCUGAUGUUAAGUGCACAACCUGGCUCUUCGAGACAACUCCACUGGACAAAAUCACUGCCAACAGUAUUGCUGACACCCUGUCCUAUCUUUACCAAAUGACUUUUGUUCAUUCAAGUGGCAUCAUAAUAGAAGCAAAUGAAAGCAGAAAUGUUAACAUGGCAAAAUAUCAGCUUGAAAGCAAUAAAGGUGUGCAAAUCCAGAAAGAAGAGGUUGUUGGUGGUAACAUCAGGAACAUCAUGUCACAGCUUCUGCUCAAACCAACUCUGAAGCCCCAAGUUAGUCUUCUUAGAGAAGUGGAGAAGGGUAAAGUGAAUACCACAGUCGUAGAACUUCCAGUCUACCACUCAUCCACAACUAUCAACCUCGAGAGGGAUACAAGAAUACAAAACAUUGUCCAGAUGAUCGAUGAAUUCCUUUCCGAAGAUAAGGAUUUGAAAAAUGGAAUCAUCAUGCAAGAGACUGCAGGGGGGCAAGCAGAGAUGUCAGUUUAUUCACUCAUCUGCAAUUCUGAAACCAAAACUGAGAGUCACGUUAUUGAGAAGGGAGACGUUAGGUCUACGAUCGGAAAUCUAUUAGCUACGGCCAAUAGUCAGAGGACUGCAGUGUCGUGUAGGGUGGAUGAAAAUGAAAAGGGAAAUGUCAAUCUGUACAAAAGUUGCAUUGAGAAAGGAGAUCUGAACUAUCUGAAAAGUCUUCACACUGAGGCAAUAGGAGAUGAAGUUGAUCACUGCCAUCUGUCUGAGGAGCCCCUUGAAAUAGUUCAGGGGGAUGUAAAGGAAGCAAUGAGAAACCUCUGUCAACAAAAAGAGCAGGUGGAACGAACCAUUUCUGAUGUUUUGCCAGGGGAUGUAAAGAACACCAAAAAAGUGUUUUUGACGGAGUGCCCUCUCGGUGUUGAAAACUACCAUCCAAAAGAAGAAAUAAUCCCUGGGGAUAUCUUAUCAGCAAAGCAACAACUUGCUUUGAUGCAACAUGCCGUGGUGGAAAAAGAGGACAUUGUGGCUGGCGACAUCAAGGCAACAAUGCAGUCAUUAGAACGUGCAAAGAAACAGAGCAUGUGUGUGGAGCGGGAGAUUGUUAAACCUGGAACUAUCUAUGACAUGAACUUGUCAGGUCCUGAAAUAGAAGGACGUCAAGCCCAAAAAGAAGUUAUUCUAGCCGGAGAUGUGAAAGCAGCCAAAAAGUCUCUUGAGUUCGCUAAGCAGCAAAGCCUGCAUCUGGAGCGUGAAGUCAUUGUCCCUGGAAAAAUAUACAACCUGAAUGUCACAGCACAAGAGGAAAGCUCCUCCACAGUGAUGCAAUCUGCAUGUUCGUCUACCUCCAGAAGCCAGCAAACCAAGACUUAUCCAAAGGUCAGUGUUGAGAAAGAUCAGGAAAGCCAUGUUUCCUUUGAGGCUUGUCAACAAAGUGCAGUUAUAAUCAGUAAAUGUGCACCAGAAUCACUGCCACCUUUUGUAGGUUGUGAGCCUAAUGUUCAGACAACAGAAAAUGAGACAGAAGAAUUCAGAGGAGAUGUGAGGGCAGCUAUUAGGUCUCUGCAGAGUGCAGCAACAGAGCUGAAGCUACUAGAUAAAGAAGAUAUUGUAAGAGGUAAUGUCCAAUUUGCUCUGCAAUCUCUUGAGAAGUCUAGUGUAAAUGUAUCCAAAGGAGACUAUAAAGCUGCAAUGAUAUACAGGAAUUCAGGAAAGGCUUGUUCAGGGAGGAGCAAGACUGUUCACCAGCAGUGUGUUGUGGUGUCUGUGCCUCCAUCUGACACAAAACUGUCUCCUUCAAUUUCAGUAACCUGUGAAGGACAACCAUCGCUAACAACACAGAAUUCAACGACCCACCCUGUAGCAAAUGGAAACUCUAGAUCCUCCAGCUCUGUGUGUGAAGCUCCACCUCCACUCCCUCAAAAGACAAGUGAGAAACUGCAGGAGCAGAAGCCAGCUUUACCACCAAAGCCACAAUGGAUCAAAUCUGUAGUUGUAGAAGAUGAGAAUAUUUUAGCUGCUCCCAACGUCCCUUGCACCAUUACAGACAACAUAGAACGCGCAGACAUCUUUCCAAAACCAAAUAAAAGCUUUCCCAAGCCUUGUCCAGAUAAACUUUUGGAAAACAUAACACAUGGUCAAACCAGUAAAGAGGCCUUACAUGAAACAUCACACCAAAACUGUAUUGAAGCAUUCCAUGACUCAAAUAAAAUACAAGAAAGUCUACCAACCCACUCAAAGGUUCAGGAAAAUAAGAAGCAAAAGAAAAUACUUACAGGAAGCAAAUCAGAAGGCCUCGUCGUGAGGUUGAACAGCACUGAAAUGGAGAUGGACAGAAAUGUAAUACAGAAAAUCAAUGCAGCUGAGGAGAUACAAAUGUGCAUGAAGAAUUAUGCAGAAGAAGGUAAACAUGAAAUGAACAUGAGCUUGCAGGCUGCUCUACAUAACUUCGAAAGAAAAAAGAGUGAGACUCAAGAGAAUAGAGUCCCUUUGUUGUCGAAGAGAGUAAGAGUGAUACAUGAUAGUGAUAGUGACCAUAAGCAAACCAACAAUACCACAGCUCAGCAACACCAAUCACAUCCCAAAGAUGAACGCAACACUGAUGACGCGCAGCAAACAUCAAAGACCAAGACAUGCCACGUACUGCAAAACGAAAAGCCACACAAAAUUGAAGAUAAAGUUGUUUUAAGAGAAAAGAAAGGAAGGGAGACAGACGACCAAAGACGACAAAGGCUUUCUGUCCACAAGGAAGAGAUCAUGAAGGGAAAUGAGAAAGCGGCUAGUGAAAUCUUUGAAAAUUUGAGGAAACGAGAGGAACUCAAAGGAAUCCUUUCUCAAGUGCAAGAGAUGGAGGGAGAGACGUUAUAUGAGACUGUCCCUGCGUGGAUGGUUACACAAGGUGGAAAUGCAAAACAAAGUAAAACUGGAGAAAAGAAGGUUGAAGUAGAGACACAGGAUGAUGAUCUAGAAAGCAUCUCCUCAGUUGAGACAGCAUUUGAAGAUCUGGAAAAGGCAAGCAAGGAAAUAAUGAAUCUGAAGGAAGAAACAUUAGCAAAACUUAUUGACAUUGAAGAGACCAUUAAAAAGGCUUUGUACUCCGUUUCCAACCUGAAAUCUGAGGCUGACAUCGCAGGGUUGUCAGGACUAUUUGAUGAAUCUUUAAAAACUGAGCAAAGCUUUCAUCCUGCCAACAACAUCAGGAAAAUCAGCAUUGGCUCAAGCAAGGUCAAAUCAAGUGAAAUCAAAGAGGCAUCUGUGGGGAAUAUGCAAACCUACUCGGACUCAAAUCGUUCCAAACAAGAAGUGCGCAGACAAGUCCACAACAGGCCACUCAUCAGACAGUCCUCAUCCCAGUCUUCCCCAUCAUUCAUCUCAAUUCACUCAGCUGCCAGAAAGCCUGUCGAACAACCAAAGCCACCUAUGUCAACAUUUAAACCAAAGGGUGAUUCUGAAAGUUGUCAUAACGCAAAUAGCGAUCGUGGACAUGAGUUUGCUGUACCGUUAAAGAAUGGUCACGGCCCGGCACAACGCAAGGUCAGUGUGCUCGAGGUGAAAACUGUUCCAGAGCAACCCGCAGGAAUAGUUGGUACAAAGACAGUCAGUGAAACAUACGAAGAGACCGAUGGCUUUGGCAAUGUAUUUGUUUCAUCUGUGACUUCCACAUUUGUCACCAAACAGUCUGAAAGCAAACCAUCGGCACUGUUUGAAGUAGUGGGGAAUCCAACAAAAUACGAAGUCAUGACAUCCCCAUUAAUUCGAAGAUCUGCUCGCCCUUUUGAAGAGAAAGUGUUGAGCACUGCUAACAAUGAAGGGACUGUGUUUGUAACAUUUAGCCAACCAAAAGAAAAGCUCUAAUUAGGACAAAAAGAGUUUCCUGAAUUACAUUUUAGGAAAGCAGUUUAUUCAUUUGUGUAUUUAUUACAAUUUCUGAAAAGGUUUUGUCGGUCAUAAAAUUGAUAUUAUUAAAUUAUGGAAAUGUUGACAUUUAAUACAAAUUUGUUUUAUAGAUUUUAUACUGUAACCACAUGGUAAAGUGUUAAGUUCUUGUAUUAAAGCUAAGCAUAGUUGAUGCUGUAUAUUCUGUUGUGUAAAUUGUCAAAUAAAAACGAUUUUAAAAUAUGUGAUUGUGAAAA